CGCAUAUCGCAGACGUGUUGCAGUAACGAUUUGGCAUCUUCAGUGUCGACAACAAACAUAACGACAUUAAACGAACGUUAUAACUUAUAGAAAUAACAACUCAUUAAUUAUCGAAAUUAGUUAUCUCGAAUAGUUUCAAAGAAUUAAUAUAGUAUUCAAGUGCAUGUGCCUUUAACUUUUUUCUGGAGCGAAAGAAUUAAGCAGAAAUUUCACGAUUUACAUAAUUUACUUUUUAAGAAGAUAACGUGGACUACUUUGGAUUCUUAGUAUUACAGAUAUUACAUAAUUAACAUUUCACAAAACCCAGAGAGACGAAGGGAAGGAAAGUGGACACUAUUUUAUAUUACGCAAUAAACGAUGAUUACCAGCGUAUUACUAUCAUGUGCUGUUAUCGUAUUUUUAUAUUACUAUGUUAUCCACCUUGCAAGAUUUAGGCGUCUUAUCAAUCUUAUUCCGGGACCACGAAUGUUUCCAAUUAUUGGUGACCUUGAAACCAUGUCUCUUAAGUCAUGUGAGGGACUUAUGGAACAGGUAGUAACACGAUUUAAAAAUCAUAACUGCCUUUAUAAAAUUUGGCUCUUUACGAUCGCUUAUAUUACCAUUAGCCAUCCAGAUGACAUGCAGACAUUAUUGAACAGCACAAGAAAUAACGAAAAAGGCAUGGCGUAUACAUUACUUCAUUCAUGGUUAGGAGACGGUCUUCUUCUUAGUAAAGGAGCAAAAUGGCAAGAGAGGCGAAAGAUUCUAACGCCUGCGUUCCACUUCCAUAUAUUAAAAAGAUUUUUUGAUAUCUUGAUCGAGGAAAGCAAUCAUAUGGAGAAAUCAUUGCAAGAUAUAAAAGGCUCGACUGUCGAGAAUUUAAUGUCUUUUGUUAGCCAACAUACCUUGAAUAUAAUAAGUGAAACUUCUAUGGGCAUUUCCUUGCGAAACAUAGAUGCACGUGAACAACAGCAGUACCGCCAAGCAGUUCAUGAGAUAGGAGAAUUACUAUUUUACAGGAUGUUGCGACCGUGGUAUUACAGCGACAUGACAUUUCCGAUGUCGUCAAGAUACAAGGAUCAAGUUAAAUGUCUGAAAGUACUACACGAAUUUACGGAAAAAGUUAUUAAGGAAAGGAAACAAUAUCACGAAUCCACUAAUGGACGAUUUCUAAAUUUUGAAAAAGCUGAAGAAGAUGAAGAAAUCAUAGGAGGAGGGAAGAAGCGACUUGCCAUGUUGGAUCUUUUGAUAGCGGCGUCCAAAGAUACCAAUUUGAGCGAUCUGGAUAUUAGGGAAGAAGUCGAUACCUUUAUGUUUGAAGGUCAUGAUACCGUAGCAAUGGCACUAACUUUCGCUAUAUUACUCUUAGCCGAACACAAGGAUGCCCAGGAUCGUGUCAGAGAUGAAGUCAAUGCUGUGAUGGAAGAGAACGGAGGAAAACUUAAUAUGGCAGCGUUACAGAAUCUGACAUAUUUGGAAAGAUGUUUGAAGGAAACGAUGAGAUUGUAUCCCAGUGUUUUCUGCAUUUUCCGAAAGUUAACGGAAGACGUAAUGAUGCAAUCAUAUCUAGUGCCUGCUGGAACGCAAGUGUAUGUUGACAUUUUUAGUCUUCAUAAAAAUCCUGAAUUCUGGCCAAAUCCAGAAGUGUUCUAUCCAGAUCGAUUUUUGCCAGAGCUGGUGCAAGAUCGUCAUCCUUUUGCUUAUGUACCGUUUAGCGCAGGAUCGCGGAAUUGCAUAGGUCAACGAUUCGCCAUGAUGGAGAUGAAGGUUGUACUUGCUACCCUGGUGCGUAAUUUUUAUUUGGAGCCCAUGCAACGCUUGGCAGACGUUCGACUUGCAGGGAAUGUAAUACUUCGUCCUUCGGAACGAUUACGCAUGAAAUUUGUCCCAGUCCAAGGUGCACACGCAGCGAAAGUGGCGUAGGAACGCGACUUUUGUGAACAUAAAAACCUAACAUGUUCAAAGAAUGAUAAAUCAUAAAUUAUUUCGUGCAUUGUCGCAUGACAUGUAUCAAUAUCACAAAUAAGAUAAUUAUUGUAUACAGAUGAAUGUCUAUUAGGAAUAUGCAUGGUACUUAUUCAAAGUGAUUAUCUUGUUUUGAGUACUUUUCGUGACUAAUCUAAUCUAGGAUAUGAUAAGGGAAAAAACAAUAUUUUUUUAUAUACGUGCUAGACAUUAAUCAAGAUUUUUUUUUCAUUCUUAUAUUCUCGAUAAUAAAAUAUCAAUGUGUAUUUAUUACAAUUUGUAUUGCUCUUGCUGUGUCUCCAAGCUGUCCGCAAGUCUGUGAUGCUCAAGUUUUUUCUUAGUGAGUUCACGUGCACUAUUCUGAACAAAGGAUUACCGGUUACAGUAGUAUCGGUUAACGCAGUGGCAGUUUAGACAACAUUACGUCAUGACUUUUUAUUAUAAUUUAUGGCUUGCAGUCGAGAAUCCACGGUGAGUCGCUAGUCGGCAGUCGGCACCAUAACUCCGAACCGUUUUGAAAUUACACAAUAAAUUCAGCAGGAUAGAAUUUCAGCAGCGCAGGAUGGUUGACGUGACUCGAUAUAACAAGGCAAAGAAGGGACGGAAUCGUCGUUAAAUAUUUCGCAAGAGCGUCCGCGUGCUCUCAUGACUGAUUUAUAAACGGUGACACACGCGUGAUGUGUCUACGUAUUUUACGCGAUGCAGUCGGUCCAGUUGCACUCGUUACUCGCUUUUCACGUGUGGAGAACCAAGUUUUUUGCGAUACGCGAGAAUGAGGGAAUCUCGCACGAGAGACGACAUGGAGAUACCUAAGCGCGAGAGGAUUCUGUGAACAGACGCGCAAACUAAAAGGAAACCAGAGGGAAGUGGCGGACGUGGAGAACCAAGGGAAAGACGCGUAUCGAGAAACACGGCCAAGAAGUGCCUCGGAGUUCCUAUGCGGAAAUUACAGAUACGGCGUGUUUCACGCUCGAACAAAAGCGCCCGGCUAGGAAUGUUGAAAGUACGUGAGCAUACGAGAUGCAAAAUGGAAAAGAGAGCGGCUGUGAUCUUUCGGAGGCUCGGCAGACUGUCGUUAGCAGGAUAAGCGUGGAUACGAAGCAGGUGGUUGAAGGUGGCGGAAAAAUUUUUUCGCGUGAUAAUAGCAAAAGCCCACAAGUUGGGAAAUUGUUUUUACAGCGAAAUGUUAUAAUUAAGUGAACUAGAGUUUAAGCUUUAGUUUAUGUCGAGCUUUGCUUGAUGGAUUGUUUUGGAAAACUAAUUGGAAGCUAAUCAAGGUUUUUGCUAUUGUUAUUAUUAUACUGCAAGUAUAUGCACUAGCCACAUGUUGAAUUAAAUCAUAUAUAUGUAUAUUAUAAAAAUAUUAAUUAAGGAAACUAAUGUAAAUGAAACUAAUUCUGCAUUUAUAAUUUUAUAUGAAUUAGAUAUGAGUUGAAAUUAUUAAAUUUUCUUUCUG